AUUAAUUUCAGGCGCGGUUACCAAUCUUCGUGAAACUUUCAAGGUCAGCGUUAAUUUGUGUAAAGAAAACCCAAUAAAUAUUCCAAAUCAAACAUACCGCAGUUAUUUCUAACAGUACAUUGCGAAAAUUGCUUCUUUUUGUUUCCAUAAGCAAAUGCAAUUUAAGUAAAUCAUCCAACUUGUUGAAAAAUCUACCCGCAAGAAUCAUUUACGAUGACUUCGAAUUCCCUGAUAGAAGCGGGCUCAAUUGUUAUGCUUCGAGCCAUAGAACUUGAGAAACAAUUAAAAUUUACUGAAAGUUUGACAUGCUAUGAAGAAAGUAUUGGUUUAUUCAUCAAAGCUCUGCGUUCUAUUCCUGAUAAUACACAACCAGAAUUCAAAGACAGAUUCAGACUGAAAGUUUCAGAGUAUAUAACCCAUGCAGAAAAACUUAAGGAAAAACUUAAAAAGGAAUCAGAAAAUGGAAAUUAUCACGAACAAAUUGUUAUAGAAGAAGGUGCUACUGGUUACAGUUACAAAAAGGUUUUUGGAAGAUUUCUUGAAGAUGGUACAGUAAGGAAAGUUUGGGUGGAAGAUCCGUAUAUCAGAAAUAGUUAUCAAAUUGAGAAUUUUUCUCACUUUUGUGAAGUCAUCGUUCAAUCAGUGUCGAAGGUGAAAAAUAUUUAUUUAACCACCGGAGAAGAUGCCCAGCAUCCAGAUGAACAAAUAGAAAAGUUUAACAUGUUAAAGGGUGAUCUAGAAAAGCAUUCAGUUACUUUUGAGUGGACGUUCUCGGAUACCUUACAUGAUCGAGAGAUACGAUUUGAUAGUGGAUGGAUUGUUAAAAUUGGUCGUGGAUUGGAUUAUAUACGUCGUCCUGAACAUAAAUUUUGUGGUCUCGGUGUACAUGACUAUGACUUUCGGACAUGUUCUGCAACAACUAUUGACAUAUUUCAUUCUUCUAUAUUACGUCAAGAUACAUAAAGAAAUAUAUAUGAACUUUCCUUUUUAAAAACUAAUUUAGUAUAUGAUGUUAUUAUCUAUUUACCCUGAAAAUAAAUCAGUAAGGGGAUGAUAAAACAUCUUGACGACCUCAAACAUACAACAUUUCGAUAACUUUCCAUUAUCAUUAGUCUUUCAUCUUUUUUUAAAAAGAAAUUAUGUUACAGAAUCAUUUUUUAACUUUAACAAGUUUUUCUCUAUGUUUUUUACUCAUUUGGUCGUUGUAUUUAUGUGUUAGGUCAAGGAAUCAUUUAAUUUUAAGAUUUGAAGCAUUCAAUGAUUUUUUCUAUCAACUAAACACUGGUUAUCUUCGUAAGCAACGUAGAGUUUGGCGCAUAUAUUCAUUCUUUCAUGUUGUCAUACUAUAUUAAAACGGUGAGAUGAAAUUAUUAAGAUAAAUGCUGGAAUAGUAGAAAUAGUAAUAGUAUCAGGAGUAGUGGAAAAGAUUGAAGGAAGAGUGAAUUUUUGAAGUUUUUUUAUUUUUUUAUUUGAACACAUAAAUAUUGGUACAAAGGGGCACCAGAUACACAUGUGCCACACAAGUCAUUUGAUCUCUGUGUGGGCUGAGAUACUGCCUGCGUGCCCAAACACAAACAGGUGGUUUUCCUAGGAAACACCCGGAGCCUUCUACCUACAGGUCUGAUCCACAAGUCAGUGAAGCAACGUCAGGAGAUGCAGUCCCAUGGUAGCCUGUGAUCAACAGUUUGUUCAUACACCAUUUGUUCCUUCGGGGUACUGGAGCCCAUGUGCACUAUUGAUUGGGAAUCAGGGUUUUCCAACUCCCCUGUGUAGAGUCUGCAUGUCCACCAUCCCUGUUGAAGCGCCGGACAUUCACUUUUCAUCCUUUCAAGUUUUUAGACAACACUGCUACCACGAGAAUGCAGUGAGUAGGACUUUCCUGGUAGUGGCUCUAUGCACAUGGUCAUGUGAGUGCAUUUCGAGAUGGAGAGAUGACUUUCUCCACCUUUGGCCAUACCAGGGCAAUUUUUGAGGUAUCAAAGUAUGAUGUAAUAUUAAAACUCGAGACCUAAAGUAUAAAUUUAUCUAAAUUUAGUAAAUACAGUAAUUACUGUAAUCCAGUUAUUUACACUCAUAUAUGUUAAUUGUUUCAUACUAUCUCCAUGUAAAAAAAUUCUAUCACAAUUUUGGGUUGUAAGCAGCUGACGAGAAACCUCGAAAUAAUAUGAAUUCAUACUAUUCUGCAUCAAUGUUUGUUCUUGCUCUAUUUAAAUUCAUAAAGUGAACCAAUUGCAUGAAAUUUAUAAAUUUAUUGUUAUUUUCAUCCCGAACUAGGAAUCUUGUUACGUCGUUGGUCUGUCUACCCACUUUUGGUGCUGAGGAUAACUUGUCUAAUCUAGAUUAAGACCUUGACGCGAUAGGUUGACGGUUUAACCUUGAGGCUAGUAUGCGUGAGUUCGAAGUGGGUUAGAGAGAAGAAAACUAUCCUAUCACCUGAUUGGCUGAGAAGUACGCGAGUUAGAGAAGACAAGUCAACUGGAACACUACUGGAUCUAUCCCCAAUUUCCCGAUUUCAGAUUAGUGUAAAAAGGUACAUGAAUAAAUAGACGACUAACCCGACCACAAAGUACAAUAAUAAGGAAAAUACAAUGCCCACUGCUGAGGAGUCCCAAAAUAGGACGAAACGGUCUAACAUCCAUCGGUUCAUGAUCUCAG